CCCCGCUUCCGCAAUUCGUUUCGCUUCCCGGCGAGCCCACCGCCGCAGCAGCGCCUCGCGUCCCGGUUACCAUGGCUUCCGGCGAGGGGGACGGGGAGGGGUGGGAGGCGGCGGUGCGGGCGGAGGUGGGCGCGGUCGGCUGGUGGGACGACCCCGACGGCGCCGACCUCCGCGCCAGGUUCAAGGCCUUCACGGGGCAGCGCCGCGACUGGCCCCAGCCCACGCUCCUCUUCUGGAAGGACCUCCUGCUCCGCGUCGCGCGGCGACUCCGCCUCUGCUCCGCCCCCGCGCACCUCGUGACGAGCGUCUGGUUCGCGCGUCCCGGGGGGCUCACGCCGCUCUGCUUGCCGCAAGUUCUGGAAGAGAUGCGCGCAGAUGGGGACAUACUGCUGAAAUCCGAGCUGAUCGAUCCGUCCACGGGAAGCCUGUACCAGCUGGUCAGGAGGGUGAGCCAGAUGGCCAUCAGCUCGAGGCGGCCGGUUUUGCAGGAGGACAUCCUCGUGUUCAAAUCGUUGGUCGAGGAAAGGGCUGCAGAUAUUGCUAGGCAGUUAAGUGACUCUCAUUGGACAUCGACAUGUGUUGUAACGAUCAGCAGAUUCAAUAGCUUCUUCAGCGAUCAGGAGGAUGCUCAUGCCGCAUUAUGUUUCUUGACGCAAUCUGGGAAAGCUCGGUACCUUGUAGCCAGGAAGCAGGACCAUAUUGAGGGUGUCAAGUUUGCACUCAACUCUGCUCAAGUUCCUGCUGUAUCCAAGCUUGAUCAUGACACCUUGCACUUACUUUGGACAGAAGAGAGGUUGCAGCAGCAGCUUGAUGUGCUUGAUCGCAGAUGGGAGAUUUCAAGGAGAAGGGCAUUGGCAUUCUUCAAGUCCAGGGACAAACAGGCUGCUUAUCGUUAUGCGAGGCAGUCUAAAGUAUUCUCACAAAGCCGGAGCAGAUGCAUGCAGUUGUUAGAAAGGGUUGAAGAAGUCAUCAGCCUGAUUGCUAGUGCUGAAUCAACUAAGAAGGUCUAUGAGGCAAUACAAAUUGGUAUCCAGGCAAUGAAGGAGAACAAUGUCAGCAUAGAGGAGGUUAAUGUCCAUCUGAAGGAGGUUGAUGAGCUUGUUGCUGCACAAAGAGAAGUUGAUGCUGCCCUGGAAUCAGCACCACUCCAGUCGAUAGAUGAUGAAGGCGAUAUUGAGGAAGAGUUCAGGAAGCUUGAAGCAGAAUUGCAGGAUGAGAUCCCUCAUAUUCAAGUUCAAGAACCAGUGGCUCAUUCGAAUGAGGAAUCUCCUGAUGAAGUGAUUGAAUCAUUGAGCAAUAACCUAUCAAGCAUUAAACUCGAGGCCAUCUAACUGCUCCAUUUUUCACUUAAAUCAAUUUGAUCUAUACAUAGUGUAAUCUAGUUGAAUCGUCUUGUCCCCUCUGUAUGUGUUGUGUUUGUUCUGACGACAUCCUUACAAAAGGGUAACUUUGUUGCAAAUAUAUUCCUGAUAAGGGUGCACUAUGCUUGCUAUUUUAUUGAUCCUCAACAGUUUGCCUCCUA